AUUCAUUUUAUGUGGGACGUAUAACCCCGGUGCUGGCUGGAACCAGUUUUUCUUCUUUCCCAGAUCAUAAAAGGGGAGGAAUCUCCGUGGCAGGAGCUACACUUCUGCUAAUGAAGUCUGCAUUGAAAGGUUUGCUUCUCUUUCCACUUCCUCAGGUAUCUUCCCGUCCUUCUUAGAUACAUCUUAAUUUAAUACUGAUCUGACCUAAGAAACUUAGUGUCAAGCCUUGACAAAUUAAUUGUAUAUUUUGUAAUAACUGUACUUUUACCGAACAAUGUCUUCAAUUUUAAAAGCAUUUGGGAGAGAAGACAAAGACAAGAAGGAUGAAAAAGAUAAAGGAAAAGAACAUAAAGGCCAUAAAGAUGGAGACAAAAAGGACAAGAAAAAGAAAAAAGAGAAAAAGGAGAAAAAGCAUGGGCAAGAUGAUGACAGCUCCAGCAGCAGCAGCAGCUCUGACAGUGAUUCUGGCAAGACUCACAGUGGUGAUAAGAAGAAAAAGGAAAAGAAAUGACUUUGAGGCAGCCCACACCUUCUAACUGAAUUGAAGUUCAACUAGUGAAGGGAAUUUGACGGAGAAACAAAAAUUAUGUUCAUUUUCUUCAAAAUAAAAUGUCUUUAUUUUGGUUUACCUUAA